CGGCGUCUCUGUGUAUGUCAGAAAGGAAAAUGGCGGCUCUCGGACGCAUCUCGAAUCUGUUGCUGAGGUCUUCUCUGAACCAGACCCGCCGCCAGCUGUCCGCCACCGCAGAGCAUGGCGAGCAGUCAGCCAGGUUAUGGAAGAUCCUCACUUUCACUGUGGCUCUGCCCGGUGUAGCGGUGUGCAUGUUGAACAUGUACUUGAAGGAGCAGCAACACAGCCACGAGCAGCCAGAGUUCAUCCCUUACUCCCACCUCCGCAUUCGCUCCAAGCGUUUCCCCUGGGGAGAUGGAGUCAAAUCCCUUUUCCACAACCCUCACGUGAACGCCCUCCCAGACGGCUACGAGGGCCACGAUGAAUAAACGCCACAGACCUCAUCAUACCCGUCACAGGGACCAGGCUGUCAUCCGUUCCAGCCUCCAUCUGUUACUGGACCACACUCCAACUCACAGUUUACCUAUUUCAGUUCUAUUUUGUUUACCUCAGUGCUCGGACCACAGCGGCACCCGAAACAACAGUUCCUUCUUUCUGGACCACGAAACAAAAUGUCUGCUUAAAGUGAAUUAACAUAAAUAAAAGUUACUCUU